GGGAAUAAUAAGAAAAAAAAAAAGAGGGGGAGGGGUGUCAAAGAGCCAAGGUGCCGCUUGGCUAGUGGUAGAGCUGAGAACCUGGAGGCGUUAGCCCACAGCCACAUUUCAUUUCUCGCCAGCCCGUGGUUCCCCUGCCAUGAGCAACCUAGUGCGGACCGAGCCGCUGCGCGGGGCGCCUCCUCUGCUGGUGCCUGGCGACCUGUACUCCGUGGUUGUUCUGCUGCGAGGCUACGCGGAGCCAGAGGAGGUGGGCGAUGCCGUGCGCGCGGACGGCUCCGUGACCCUCGUGCUGCCUCAGGCCUGGGGCCGGGGCUCUAGCCACCAAGAGUCCUCGCCCGAGGCCGGCAGCGCGGAGACCGCCCUGGAAGAGGCGGCCCGUGGCCCCAUCCUCGUGGAUACUGGGGGCCCCUGGGCUCGGGAGGAGCUGCUGGGCGCCCUGGCGGGGCAAGGGGUGGGCCCCGGAGACGUGACUUUGGUGGUGGGGACCCACGGGCACUCGGAUCAUAUCGGAAAUCUGGGGCUGUUUCCGGGGGCUGCUCUGCUGGUCUCGCACGACUUCUGCCUGCCAGGGGGCCGCUACCUGCCCCACGGACUGACUGAGGGGCGGCCCCUGCGCCUAGGACCUGGGCUCGAGGUGUGGGCCACGCCGGGCCACGGAGGCCAGCGGGACGUGAGCGUAGUGGUGAAGGGCACGGCCCUGGGCACCGUUGUGGUGGCUGGAGAUGUGUUUGAGCGUGACGGGGAUGAGGACUCGUGGCAGGCGCUGAGUGAAGACCCAGUGGCUCAGGAGCGGAGUCGGAAGAGGGUCCUGGGCACCGCCGACGUGGUGGUGCCUGGUCACGGAGCCCCCUUUCGAGUGGUCAGGGAAGCCUCUCAACCAGAAAGAAAGAGUUGUGGAAACAGCAGCCAGGAACCGGAGGGCGGAGAGGAUGAGUCUACACUUCAUGGAUGAGACCCAGAGACCUGAUCAGCCA